AUGUCUAAUCUCCCAACGCCGGAGGACAUCGCAUGGAUGACGGCGCAUAUCGACGACUCUAUGGUUCUCGACAUCAUCGUCUGCUGCAUUGUCUGUGGUGUUGCUUCCGUCAUCGUCCUGGCGUUGCGAAUCUGGUCGAGAUUCUACGUUCGCAUGUCGCCCAUCUUCUCAGACUGGCUGGUAGUUGGUUCAGUGGUCUUUUACAUCGCAUUUAUCACGGUCUUUGCACUGUCGACUCGAUAUGGCGCGGGUCGGCACGUUAUCCUCAUCACUGAUCCGGAAGACAUGCGCAUGUUGGCCAUCCUCAACAUCUGCAACCCGAUUCUCUACGGCGUGGCGACGGCUCUGGUCAAAUGGAGUAUUCUGGCUCUGUACAUCGCCAUCUUUCCUCAGAGAAAGUUCCAAUACUGGGUCCAUUUUGUGACCGCAGUGAACUUGCUCAACGCCGUCGCAAUUGUUCUCGUCAGCUGCCUCCAAUGUCGCCCUCUCGAAUCGCUAUGGAACCCGCUAGUGCCAGGCACCUGUAUCAACUUCAGUUACUUCAGUGUCUUCAACAGCACCUUCAACUUUGCGUUGGACAUGGUGAUCCUCCUAACGCCUCUUCCUCUGGUCCGGCAACUCAAUUCGUCGAAACGGAAGAAGGUCUUGUUGUCUAUCAACUUUGCUCUGGGUGGAAGCGCAUGUAUCAUAGCAGCGAUCCGAGUGCCAUACGCCAGGAAGGUCGGCGGAACAGUCAACCCAAGCUGGGACAUGAUUCCAGGAGGGUUGCUCUGCGUUGUCGAAGUUGCUGUUGCUCUCCUAACCGCCUCCUUACCUAUUUACCGCCCGAUUCUUGGAUUUCUCGGCCUAUCCAGCACCGCAAACUCGCAGUCCAAGUACGGACAAGGAAACUUGCGCAACACGAGCAAUUUUUUGGGCAGCCAGUGUAGCACUCGCAUCACGAGUGGGGGAGAACGUUCGUCUCGACGGGCAGGCAUCAGCAUUGUGGACGAUAUCACUCUGACGACGCAUACGUACAAAGAUGGAGAAUGGGUGCGCGUGGAGGAUGAGGAUGAUGACGCUGCAGGGCUUGUCCUCCCGAGGAAGACGUCCCCGUAUGCGACGACUGUUAGCAGUGGGAAAAGUGAUAGGGCGUACUGA